CCAGUCCAUCCCAGUCUAAUUAAUAUAAAGUGGUUUUAUUUAUCCGCUCCCGCUUUUUGUCUAAUCAAAGUGAUUUUAUUUAAUCCGCUCCCAGUUUUAGUCUAAUUAAAGUGAUCUCAUUUCUAAGGAGAUCGGGCAGAUUUGGAAGCGAACCAAAUUAGAUCUUGGUGUUGUGAUAUGAAGGUGUUGAUUUUUAACAGAGGGGUCAUGUUUAUCUAUAAUGAACUUGGUCCUGACACAGUGAUUGAAUGUCAUAUGGGACUGGAUUUGAUUACAGGAAUGAAACGAUAGUAUAUUUUUUUUCAAAUCAAGACAACCUGGCACGUGCACUAAAUUUAAAAACUAAAUGUUUUCUAAAUGUUAACCACAGGAAGCGGUAUUUAAUUUGGUAAAAGUCGGGUUAAAUCAUGCCAAUAUCUCUCCAACUCUGAUGAUCGAGGUAAUUUGGCAGUUUUCUUCAUUUCCACCUGGGUGAAACAAUAAUUAACCAUUAGGCCCUACAUAUAGGGCCGCCAAUUCAUGAAAAUGAAACGUUGUUUAACAGAUCUUCACAACUGGACCCGUGAACAACAGCUAGGUUAUUUUUUUUGCAAAAAACAAUCCCCGUGACAACGUUGGCUUCUCUCCUUGAGUAAAUGUUUACAGAUUAAAAUAAAAGCCAAUCUGAGCUAAGGAGAACAUGGCAGUUUGAGUAACGUUGAUUAAUCCUACUUCAUUGUGUUGAAGAUUAAUUCUGAACAUGGAGAAUGUUAAUUAAGAAAUAAAAGAAUUUCCCCCAACACUCCUCAAUAUUAAGUUUGUUUGGACUUUGAUCAGUCCACUUCAUCUCUGCGUAAAUUAUUUAAAACGAUCUUCUUUUUGCGUGGUAAAACUGGAUUUUUCCGCUCUUGAAUGUGUGUUUAGUCACGUGACUAUUGAUAUCGGGUCAUGACUGGUCUUCACAGGUCAGCGUAGCUAUAUCUUGUUGAGUAUUUGAACAGGGAGGAACUGGCGCUGUGAAGAUGAUGAAACUGCGAAAGUGGAAUGUACGGAAUCUGUUUGUGAGGCAGCUUCAUUCAAAAUACAAACCGGUACCGUUAUCAAUGCAGCAAUACUUAGAAUUCGGUCAAAAGAAAUGUGAAAAGAAAUCAUUUCAGUUCCUGAAUGAUGAAAUCUCUAUUCGCCUGGCCCACAUCAUGCGGGAGUUUGAAGAUCUCCCUAAAGAGUUACUGACCAUGAAGUCGGUCAAACUUGUUCGCAGUUGGUAUGACUUGAGUUUUAAGGAUGUGCAGUCCUUUACAAGCAGAGACCCUGAUGAUGGAAAAGUCCUGGAGGAGUUUUCAGCAGCCAUUCAGAAUAUACUCAGUCGACACUCGUAUGUUGUAGAAACAAUGGCACAGGGUGUUAUAGAAAUGGAGAACACGUAUGGAAUAAAUGAUAAACUUAACGAAAGGAUCCAGUAUUUCCUCGACAGAUUCUACAUGAACCGUAUCAGUAUACGCAUGCUUCUGACGCAGCACGCUGCACUGUUUGGAAACAUGGCAAACCAUCCCCGUCGUAUCGGACACAUCGACCCCAACUGUGAUGUCAUAGAGUGUGUAACAAAUGCUUUCAAGGCAGCCAGACAAAUAUGUGAACAUUACCAUAUGCAAGCUCCCGACUUAGAAAUCAUCACAGCUGACGGUUCACAUAUCAUUAACUUUGUGUAUGUGCCGGGACAUAUAGAGCACGUUUUAUUUGAAAUCUUUAAAAAUGCAAUGAGAGCUGUGGUAGAGUACCAUACAGAGAAAAUCGAUUUGCCAAAAUUACAAAUAAUCGUCUCGAAAGGAAAAUCAGACUUAACUAUCAAGUUGUCAGAUCAAGGAGGCGGAGUGCCGUACCAAGACAAAGAGAAAUUGUUCCAGUACAUGUAUUCAACAGCUGAUCGUCCCCAGUACACUGGCCAGGAGUCACCCCUAGCCAUGUAUGUGGAUAUAGAUCGGUUUGCUCAUAAUAAUGGACCAACUGGCUUAAUGGCUGGGUAUGGUUAUGGACUCCCUUUGUCACGUCUCUAUGCCAGGUAUUUCCAGGGAGAUCUUGUCGUGAACUCGAUGGAGGGAUACGGAACGGAUGUCUAUCUCUACCUCAAGGUGAAUUCAUCGGAGGCCAGUGAGUGUCUACCUAUUUACAACACAACUACCUCCAGAAUGUAUGAAGCUGAGAAGGUUGUAUCUGAUUGGUCCAGCAACACGAACUGGAGCCAAUCAAUGAGAACAUACAGCACACUUAUAAGAAAACCACCCUCUAUAUCAGAGGACAGAACAGUGACUGUUAAGAACUCUUGAAGAUUUUUGCCCCAUACUAGCAUUAAUGUAGGGUUGUUCCACAAUGUCUUAGCAGGUCUGUUUGUAUGUAGUACGUGUUUAAUUAUGAGAUACCAUAUUCAUUUUUUGUUAUUAAGAAGUGAAGGGUAUUUAGAUAUUUUGUUCAGUCAUGAGCUCUUAAAAUGAAUUGAUGCUAGUUGAAAGUAUCUCCUCUGGCUUUUUUUGACUAUCUGGGUUCCCCAGUUUGUAAUUUAAUGGCAUGAUUAUUAUGGCUCAUCUUAGUCAGAGCAUAUUUGUCAAAUUUCCCAUAUUCACAUAGAGUGGAAAUCUUCAAAAGUAAAUGUUGCUUCGUGAUUGUAUAAUAUGAUGAUGAUGCAUUUUUAGUUGGUUAGUCCCAACCUUGACAUUAGUCACACAAGUACAUGUCUAUGUGUAUAUAAUUAGAACUCCAGUUCUAGAAUAUUUUUGGUGCUGAUAUACUUUCAUGUCAUGUUUUUAUGUACUUUAUGUCUUAUAAAUGUAAUACAUACAGGUGCAUCUAUUCAUAUGUGUAACAGUAACCAAGGAAGUUUUCAGGUGACGUAGCAUUACGUGUACCCCAGACCCUGGAGGGAGUGUGAUUCAGUUUUACACAUCCCCUGGUCCCUGAAGGGAGUGUAAGUGUGCAACCAGUGCACUAGAAUUGAUCCCUUCGUUAUGAAUACAUCAGGUAUAUAUAUAAAUACAUCAAGGAGAUGCCCCAUUUUGGGGACCAUUGUUGAUAUUAGUCUUUUGUCUUUGUGGGUGUGAAUCAAGUCUUAGACAUAUAUGAUAAAUAGUGAUAGCACCCCCUGUAGACUGGUUCUCUGAUGACAUGAUAAUUAGUGAUAGCAACCCUGUAGAUUGGUUCCCUGAUGACAUGUCCUUCCAGUUCCCAUAAUGGUGGGUUAUUUUUGUGAAACACUGAGAAUUUCAGACAGUGCAAUGCUAUCCAUAUACACAUGAUCUCAUCUGAUGUUCUCAAUGUAUGAAUUUAGUCAAAAUGAUUUUGUUCAAUCCAUAUUUGAAUCAUGAUUUUUAUGCAGAUGAAUGUAAGUUAAAGAAAAUCUGCCUAUCCUAUGUAUAUUGUUUUGUUUAUAAUACAAAGGGAGACAAAUAAUACAUGCUUAUUUUGAUAACAGUGUCUACCAUAAUUAUAAAAUGUUUGUUUUACAAACAGUUCAAGAUUUCAAAAUAUGGCUAACUCAUGAUAUUUAUUGAGAAUUUACAAACAUUUUCUCAUAUUCUUAGUAAGUGGGUGGCAAUUUUAGAAUUAUAGGGCAAGAAAGAAAUUCAUAUAUGAAACAGAAAGUGGUCAUUUUUCAGACACAAGAUUUUCAAAACUCUUUGAAUUCUUAUGAGAAUAAAUUGGAUGUGGCAGCGUUUUAAACAUGAUUUCCGAAUCAUGUUUUACAAAUAGAGCUCUAAUAUAUUGUGUAUAUACACAUAUAGAAGUUUCAUGUGAUUUUCAAAAAGUGCCAUUUCCCUUUAAACUGAAUACCAGGAAAUAGAUGAUAGAGAUGUGAAUCAUUGACCUGUUAAUUAACUUUUUAUACAAGAAUUCUAUUUCUGACAAAGGUUGGUUCAGCUGUAACACAUUGACAUGAAACUUUCAUAGUAUUAAGUAGAAACCCUAAUGGUUUCCUCAUUGUCACGUUUAAGGUUCUAACUUGUAUUCUGACAAGAGUUUUUAUAUACAUUAGAUUUCAAUUCUUGCCUCAUGAGUUGUCAUUGAUAUAUUAAAGGUUUUGUCACUACAUGAAUUUUUCAUCUAUUGUUUUUGCUUACUUUUAAUGUUGUUUUUACUGUGUUGAUUCCUUUGAAUUUCAAGCACAGAAAAAAAUAAAUAGUAUAUUGAAUGCA